AUGAUUUGUGGAAUUUUGUGGGGCUGUGAGGUUGGAAAUUGUGGAAAUGGUUUUGUGGAGCUGAGGUUGAGACUUGGAUUUAGUGUUUUUUUAGCUGAUUUUAGCAGAAAGACAUUCAACAAUUAUUAUCUGAGGCACAACAUCGUUGGUUGCAACCAGCUGAAAUUUGUGAAAUUCUUCAUAACCAUCAAACUUUUCGCAUUUCGCCAGAGCCCCCAAACAGGCCACCAACUCAUUCGAGCUGUUAUGGUAUCAGAGCAGGUUGUUGUGUUCCUGCUAUUCUUCAUCUUGGAACAAAGUCAAAUUCGUCAAUGGAAGAUUACCACAGCUUAUGAAGAUGACGAUGACUACGAUAGCUGGUGUCGAUGUAAUAGCACCGUGAUUUCAUGGAUUUUGCGAGCUAUUUCUGAUGAAAUUGCAGACAGUAUUGUCUAUCACGAUAAUGCAGCAGAGAUCUGGGCUGAGCUGCAUGAACAAUUCAAUGAAAGAAACGCACCUCAGAUCUUUGAAGCAAAGAAGAUGAUGCAAAGUCUUGUUCAAGGAUCUAAUACUUUCACAACAUAUUACACUCGACUGAAAUCUCUUUGGGAUCAGAUAAGAGAACUUCGCCCACCACCUGUUUGUUUCUGUGGCGCAGUGAAAGUGAUACAAGAGUAUAAAGAAGAGGACAGAUUGCUUGAGUUUUUGGUUGGAUUAAAUGAUUCCUACAGCCUUGUUAGGUCUCAGAUCUUGAUGCGUGAUCCUCUUCCAAGUGUUAACAAGGCUUAUGCUGUUGUUAUACAAGAGGAAAGACAGAGAAAUUUGACAAAUAACUACAGCAAUGCUACUGAUCAGGACAAAGGUAGCAAUGGACAGGUUACCGGUUCAGUAAAUAAUGGUCAGUUUGCUGGUGCUGUUCAACCAUUCAGAUCUAAGUACAAUUGUACUCAUUGUGGUAUGAAUGGACAUUCAAUUGAGAGAUGCUACAAACUGAAUAGAUAUCCUCCUGGACAUAAAUACCAUGGAAAAUUUCCUAAUCGAGAUGGUAAGGGAAAUCCUGGAAAACCAGCAGGUGUUAACUUUUCUGGUGCUGAUGAAGGCAAGGCUGAGGAGCCUACAAUGGAAAGAGAUCUCAUCUCAAGCUUGUCAAGUGUUCAAUGCCAGAAGCUGAUGGCUAUUCUUGCUCAAAAGGCCACUGAGAACAACACUCAAAAUGUCUCUGAAGAUCAGCCUGAUGUGUCUCAUUUUUCUAGUAUGAAAAUUUAUACUCCUAGCUCUUAUUGGAUUAUUGAUACAGGUGCAACACAUCAUGUGUAA